AUGGAACUUGUACUUUAUGCUCUUUUAAAUUUCAUUCGUGUGAUAGAUGCAACAUCACAGCAUGUCAUUCUUGUUCAAAUGGUUUUUAUUUGGACAAUGGGGUCUGUUCAACAUGUGAAACAAAACAUCUCAAUUGUGAAGUGUGUGAUGAAACCGAUUGUUAUAAGUGCAAAAGUGGACUAUUUUUACGUGAUGGGAAAUGCCUUAAGUGUGGCGACCUAUAUGAGAAUUGUACAAGAUGUGAUGAGACAAGGUGAAGAUGACAAGACGUGUUCAAUGUGUGACAUGAAAGGAUACUACAUAGACAGUAAAAAUUGUAAAAAGUGCAGUGCAACAUGCAUCGAUUGUUUGUCUCAAACAAAAUGUGUGUCGUGCAUUGAGGGGUAUUAUCUCGAAAAUACCACAUCAGAAGAAAUGACAGAAUUUUUUGGAAGAUGUACAGACUGUUCAACAAGUGGUUGCACAACAUGCAAUUCAACAUCGUGUAUAACAUGUGAAAUCAAUAAAUACAUUGAUGAAGGUGGGUUGUGUUCUGUGUGUAAACCCGAUAAUGACAAAUGUAUUUCGUGCUUCAUUGAUGAAAACGGAAACAAAAAGUGUGAGAAGUGCAACCCGGGAUUUUGGAUAGAAAAUUUCGAAUGUGUGACUUGUGAAACGUGUGGAAGCAGUGGGUGCUCUAACAAAACAAAUGGACUUUGUUUCAACUGUUUAUCUCCAAAUGAAGUUUUAAUUGAGGGUAUUUGCCAAAUUGAUGAAAAUUGUAUCUCCAUUGAUACCAAGACAAGUGCCUGUAUAGCAUGUGAUUUGAAUUACGUUUUGAUUGGGAAAAGGUGUGUCAAAACACAACAAAAUACAACAGAAGACCUUAUUAAUUUCGAAGGAAAUUAUUUCACAAAAAAUGAAUUUCAUUGCAAAGAAGUAUCUGAUUCGAAUUGUGUUUUGUGUUUGGAAGAAUAUUACUUAAAAGACCUACAAUGUCUCAAAUGUGAUGAAAUACUUACAAAUUGCAUAAAAUGCGGACUUUUGAAUUACUCAAAUUACAACGAAGUUUACUGUGAUAUUUGUACCAUUGGAUAUUUCCCAGAAGCUGUUUGUAAGAAUUGUUCUGAAAUUAGUGGGUGUGAUCUUUGUGUCAACUACAUUGAAAAUGAUAUAUCUUCACGAAAGUGCACAAAGUGCCUUGAUGGGUAUAAAUUGUCCAAUUACACAUGCCAAGAAAUAUCACAUUGUGUAAGUGGUGUUGGUGAGAGCUGUGUCAAAUGCGAAAGAAAUUUUUUGGUAUCAUUCGGGGAAUGUGCGCCAUGUGGUGAUGUCGUGGAAGGUUGUGUGGAAAGUCUUUCAAACCAGUGCACCAAGUGUGAUGAUUUGCAUUAUUUGAACUCGGACUUUAUGUGUGUUAAAUGUGAUAUUUCAAAUUGUAAGAAAUGUGAUGCCACACAAUGUGUUGAGUGUUUGACAAAUUACACACAAAGCUUAGACUAUUCUGCAUGUCUUCCAUGUGAUGAUAUUCCAAAUUGCCAAAACUGUGACAACAAAAUUCCAAUGAAAUGUAAUUUGUGUUCCCAAAAUGCAUAUUUCAAAACACCAGAAACUUGUGAAAAGUGCACUUUAAUACCAAAGUGUGUGUUGUGUACGUUGUAUGGGGAGUGCAGAGAGUGCAUUUCUGGACACUAUCUGGACAAUGAUGAGUGUCAUAAAUGCAACAAAAUUGAUGGGUGUCUCGAAUGUACAGCAACAAAGAAAUCUUGCACAAAAUGUAAUGAGACGUUUUUCUUAGAAAAUGGAAAAUGUGUGAAGUGCAAAGACUCAUUUGCAAAUUCGGUGUUGUGUGAUCAAUUACAAUUGGUGACGUGUGAAAAGGGGUAUUUUAUUAAAAAGAAUCGUUGUGUUGGAUGUAAUUCCAUAUUUGGUUGUGUUGAAUGUGAUGUUGACGGAAUAAGUUGCACGAAAUGUCAAGAUGGACUCAACUUGUUUAAUAAUAGUGGGAUAAAUGAGUGUUCAUUAAACUGUGGCAUUUCGCAUUGCACUAAAUGUUCAUCUUCGUCAUUGUGUAACAUUUGUGAUAUUCCUUAUGUGCCUGAUGGAGGGAGAUGUGUGUACUGUUGGGACAAACAUCCACAUUGUGCAGAAUGUGACUCACAGAGUGGACAGUGCACAUUAUGUGAACUUGGACAAUACAAUUUAGUAGAUGGCAGGUGUGUUGAGAAUGAAAUCAAUAAUGUGUUGAUGACAAAAAGUGCACUCAAUUGUUUAGAAGAUGAAAUUGAAAAUGUCGAAUGUACUUCAUGUGUAAAAAUCAAGAUUUACGAAUAUAAGAAAAGUUUAACCGAAGCUGCAAAUUGUUCCUCUGUUAUUUAUAGUUGUUACCGAUGCAAUUUCACGACACUUGGAGAUAAUAAACGAUUGGAGUGUUUGUUGUGUAAAACUGGCUAUGGUUUUGAAUCUUUAGAACACAAGAAAUGUGUCAAAACGACUAAUUUAGUUGACUCAAAUGGAUAUAUUAUUCAUUGCAAAGAAGGAUGUUUAACAUGUGCCAACUCUACGAAUUGUUUAUACUCAAACACGUUUGCAUUUACAACAAGGUUUAACAAUGAGUAUCUCUACAACAAUCAUGAAUUUUGCCAGAAGUAUACGGUUGGGUUUGGGUGUGUCGAGUGCCUGAAUUCGAUUAAUCAAAAAGGAAUUUGUGAUUUGAAUGAUAGAAGCAAAUACUGUUCAUUCACUUUAGAAAAAAAUAACACAUUUAAAUGUUUUGAUUAUAAUGAAAUUGUAAAACAGCAAAAAACGUUGUCCAAUUAUUAUGAAUCAAUGUUUUACUCAAAUGAUAUCAUUCUUUCAAUGCCAAAAAAUGAAGAAACUGCUUGUGAUGUAUAUACAAUGGGCAGGUGCUUGUCGUGUAAAUUAAGCUUUUACCUAACACAAGACUCUCCUCCAAAAUGCUUACCAUGCUCACCAAAUUGCGAAAUGUGUGAUUCAACUGGAAAGUGUCUUACCUGUUACAAUGGGUACUAUAUUGAUAACGAAGAGUGUGUUGAAAUAAAACAUUGUGCUAAAAAGACGGUUGGUGGGUGUUCGUUAUGUUUAAGUGAAUAUUACCUGAAAGAUGGGAAAUGCCACCCACUUGCUGAGAGCAACUGUACUUCUUAUACAAUCACAAAUACCACUGAAUUGAUAUGUACAAGAUGCAAAGAAGAGUAUGUUUUACUGGACACGAAAUGUGUUGAAAAGUCGGAAGAAUUUUGUAGUGAGGUUGAUUCAUUCACGUCGCAGUGUAUAGUCUGUAAUAUUGAAUACACACUGAACGAAUAUAAAAGGUGUGUUGCAAUUGAUAAAAACGAGUGUAUUCACUCAUCUCAGUAUAAUUGCUUGCAAUGUAAAAAUUCUUUUUCGUUGGUCAAAGACAAGAACGGAGAUGAACAGUGUUCAAUUUCCGAGUCGAGUAGGUAUUGUCUUGAAAAUAAGGAAACUGGUUGUACCAAGUGUUAUGAAGGGUACUUUGUUGAUGGCAAAAAGUGUUCUUUGUGUGAUCAAAAAUGCAAACAGUGUUCCACAAGUGCUACAAGUUGUAUAUCAUGUAAGUUUGGGUAUUACAACGACUCAAAUGGUGAUUGUGUUCCGGUUGGAGAACUUGCCAAAAAGUGCAAGACGUUCCUUCCGAGUGGUGAAAAGUGUGCAAUCUGUAAAGAUGGCUUUGUUGUUAAAAAUGCCGAUUGUAUCAAAUGUGUAGACAAAUGUAUGACAUGUGCAAACAGUUCUUCGCAAUGCAUUCAAUGCAACACCAAAGGUGGGUAUUACGAAGACAUUGAGUUCUCAACGGCUUAUGAAAAAGAGUGUUUAGCCAGCACGAAUCUCACCAAUUGUAUUACUCAAAGCGAAGUAGGAUGUUUACUUUGUCAAAAUGGAUAUUACACGAAUGAAUACAACAAGUGCACAAAAUGUGGAAACACCUGUGAACUGUGUACAAGAGCAAACGUUUGUCAAAAAUGUGUUCAUAAUUAUGUAUUACAAGCCAACACAGAACAGUGCAUCUUGUGGUCCAAUAUAAAAAGCUGUGCGUCAUAUGACUCUUCAACAAGAAAAUGUUCAAAGUGUUCUAGGAGUCGUACAGUGAGUGAAAAUGGAGAUGAAUGUAUUCCAGUUACGAACAUUGUUGCAAUUGUUCUUCCAAUAGUUUUUGUAAUGAUAUUCAUUGUUCUAAUCGUUGUUAUUUUUGCACUCAUUGGGUUCUAUAUCCGUAACAAGAAGCUUGAGAAUAAGAGAAAAGAGUUGGUAAAUGAAACAUUGAUCUCAGAUGCAAAGAGCCACAACAUCACAUUCUUCAGACUUGGUGAUGAAGACUCUUCAGUGGUUUCAUCGACAAGAAAAAUUUAUUAUGAGUCUGAGAUCCCAGUCAAAAAGCCGACAUCUUUGGUGUUUUUGAUUGGCAACGAAAAGAAGAGAAAAUUGAAGUUCCAGUUCACAACAAAAGACCAUGAAGGAAAAUACGAAGUCGACGUCAAACCACUAUUAGUGACAAUCAAAAAAGGACGUGCUGUUGAAUUUACUGUUUCUGUUACUCCACUGUGUACAUGUGAAGCAGAUUUCGAUGUGAUAUUGACUGUUUUAGAUAUGCGAAAGGGGGAGUCGACUGAAAUCAAGAUACCGUGUUCCUUUGCUUCUGAAGCAUCAACUGCACUUGACCCAGACGAAUUACACAAAGAAAAUAAAUUAGGUGAAGGUGGAUUUGGUAUAGUUUACAAAGGCACUUUUAGAACGAAUGUUGUUGCCAUCAAAGAAAUGAAACAGAUGAGUAAAGAUAGCAUGGAAGAGUUUGAAAAAGAAGUUGCGAUGUUGGACAAAUUCAGAAGUGAGUAUGUCGUCCACUUCUAUGGUGCUGUUUUCAUCCCAAGUAAAGUGUGUAUGGUCACUGAAUUUGCCAAAUUUGGAAGCUUUCUUGACUUGAUCAAAAAGAGAAGGAACGACCCAAUUGACUUUAAAAUGCGAGUGAAGAUAACAUUGGAUUCUGCAAAGGGUUUAGAGUAUUUACACAACAACGGUAUAUUACAUAGAGAUGUCAAACCAGAUAACACCCUUGUUGUGUCUUUAAAUAAAGAAGACGCCGUAAAUGGUAAAUUGACUGACUUUGGAGCGUCGAGGAACAUCAACAGUCUAUUGAGUAACAUGACAUUCACUAAAGGUAUUGGAACACCAGUGUACAUGGCGCCUGAAGUAAUGAACCAAGAGAAGUACACAUUUCCAGCCGAUGUGUAUUCAUUUACUAUUGGCAUGUUGGAGGGAAUCAGUUGGAAAGACCCAUAUCCAAUUCAAAAGUUCAAAUUUCCAUGGAGCAUUUCUCAGUGGGUGAUAGAAGGAAAACGUCCAGAAAUAUUAGUUGAUAACGAAGAUUUAAUAAAUCUAAUCGAACAAUCGUGGAAACAAAACCCAAUCGAUCGACUUGAUAUUAAAGAAAUAGUUCAAGAGCUUCAAAAGAUACACAACUAUUUGAAUUAA